AUGAAAAAUAUCGAUAAGUAUCGAAAAGAUAUCGAUAAGUAUCGAAAAGAUAUCGAUAAGUAUCGAAAAGAUAUAGAUAAGUUUCGAAAAGAUAUCGAAAAGUAUCGAAAAGACAUCGAAAAGUAUCGAAAAGUUAUCGAAAAGUAUCGAAAAGAUAUCGAAAAGUAUCGAAAAGUUAUCGAAAAGUAUCGAAAAGAUAUCGAAAAGUAUCGAAAAGAUAUCGAAAAGUAUCGAAAAGAUAUCGAAAAGUAUCGAAAAGAUAUCGAAAAGUAUCUAUAUAUAUCGAAAAUAUCGAUAUAUAAGUACCGAAAAGAUAUCGAAAAGUACCGAAAAGAUAUCGAAAAGUACCGAAAAGAUAUCGAAAAGUAUCGAAAAGAUAUCGAAAAGUAUCGAAAAGAUAUCGAAAAGUAUCGAAAAGAUAUCAAAAAGUAUCGAUAUAUCGAUAAGUAUCGAAAAGAUAUCGAAAAGUAUCGAUAUAUCGAUAAAAAAGAUAUCGAAAAGUACCGAAAAGAUAUCGAUAAGUACCGGAAUGAUAUCGAAAAGUACCGAAAAGAUAUCGAAAAGUACCGAAAAGAUAUCGAAAAGUACCGAAAAGAUAUCGAAAAGUACCGAAAAGAUAUCGAAAAGUACCGAAAAGAUUUCGAAAAGUACCGAAAAGAUAUCGAAAAGUACCGAAAAGAUAUCGAAAAGUACCGAAAAGAUAUCGAAAAUUACCGAAAAGAUAUCGAAAAGUACCGAAAAGAUAUCGAAAAGUACCGAAAAGAUAUCGACAAGUACCGAAAAGAUAUCGACAAGUACCGAAAAGAUAUCGACAAGUACCGAAAAGAUAUCGAAAAGUACCGAAAAGAUAUCGAAAAGUAUCGAAAAGAUAUCGAAAAGUAUCGCAAAGAUAUCGAAAAGUAUCGAAAAGAUAUCGAAAAGUAUCGAUAUAUCGAUAAGUAUCGAUAUAUCGAAAAAUAUCGAAAAGUGCCGAAAAGAUAUCCAAAAGUACCGAAAAGAUAUCCAAAAGUACCGAAAAGAUAUCGAAAAGUACCGAAAAGAUAUCGAAAAGUACCGAAAAGAUAUCGAAAAGUACCGAAAAGAUAUCGAAAAGUAUCGAAAAGAUAUCGAAAAGUAUCGAAAAGAUAUCGAAAAGUAUCGAAAAGAUAUCGAAAAGUAUCUAUAUAUAAUGAAAAGUAUCUAUAUAUAAUAAAAAAUAUCGAUAAGUAUCGAAAAGAUAUAGAUAAGUAUCGAAAAGAUAUCGAUAAGUAUCGAAAAGAUAUCGAAAAGUAUCGAAAAGACAUCGAAAAGUAUCGAAAAGAUAUCGAAAAGAUAUCGAAAAGUAUCGAAAAGAUAUCGAAAAGUAUCUAUAUAUAUCGAAAAGUAUCUAUAUAUAUCGAAAAGUAUCUAUAUAUAUCGAAAAUAUCGAUAUAUAAGUACCGAAAAGAUAUCGAAAAGUACCGAAAAUAUAUCGAAAAGUACCGAAAAGAUAUCGAAAAGUACCGGAAAGAUAUCGAAAAGUACCGAAAAGAUAUCGAAAAGUACCGAAAAGAUAUCGAAAAGUACCGAAAAGAUAUCGAAAAGUACCGAAAAGAUUUCGAAAAGUACCGAAAAGAUUUCGAAAAGUACCGAAAAGAUAUCGAAAAGUACCGAAAAGAUAUCGAAAAGUACCGAAAAGAUAUCGACAAGUACCGAAAAGAUAUCGACAAGUACCGAAAAGAUAUCGAUAAGUACCGAAAAGAUAUCGACAAGUACCGAAAAGAUAUCGAUAAGUACCGAAAAGAUAUCGACAAGUACCGAAAAGAUAUCGAAAAGUAUCGAAAAGAUAUCGAAAAGUAUCGAAAAGAUAUCGAAAAGUAUCGUAAAGAUAUCGAAAAGUAUCGAACAGAUAUCGAAAAGUAUCGAUGUAUCGAUAAGUAUCGAUAUAUCGAUAAGUAUCGAAAAGUAGCGAAAAGAUAUCGAAAAGUACCGGAAAGAUAUCGAAAAGUACCGAAAAGAUAUCGAAAAGUACCGAAAAGAUAUCGAAAAGUACCGAAAAGAUAUCGAAAAGUAUCGAAAAGAUAUCGAAAAGUAUCGAAAAGAUAUCGAAAAUACCGAUAUAUCGAAAAGUACCGAAAAGAUAUCGAAAAGUAUCGAAAAGAUAUCGAAAAGUACCGAAAAGAUAUCGAAAAGUACCGAAAAGAUAUCCAAAAGUACCGAAAAGAUAUCGAAAAGUACCGAAAAGAUAUCGAAAAGUACCGAAAAGAUAUCGAAAAGUACCGAAAAAUUUUCGAAAAGUAUCGAAAAGAUAUCGAUAAGUAUCGAAAAGAUAUCGAUAAGUAUUUAUAUAUAAUGAAAAUAUCGAUAUAUAAUGAAAAGUAUCGAAAAGAUAUCGAUAAGUAUCGAAAAGAUAUCGAUAAGUAUCGAAAUUUUAUAGAUAAGUAUCGAAAAGAUAUCGAAAAGUAUCGAAAAGAAAUCGAAAAGUAUCGAAAAGACAUCGAAAAGUAUCGAAAAGAUAUGGAAAAGUAUCGAAAAGAUAUCGAAAAGUGUCUAUAUAUAAUGAAAAGUAUCUAUAUAUAA